UAUAUAUAUGUAUGUAUUUGUAUACACACGUAUAAUAGCCAGCAUAGUGAUAUUUCUAUUGUAUUACAUACAAAGGAAAACAAGCGACGUAAACCUCCUCCAAAAUGUAAACAUUGACAACUGCCAGCAGAUGUCGCCGUUGAAUUGUUUACUUCACUUGCAAUGAAUGAAAAGAAAUCACAUUUUAUCAAGACUUUCUCUCCACCUUGGUAAUAGUCUCAGAUUGCUGGAGUCAGGUUUUGCUUGUGAAUGGCUUGGAUUACGGUUCGUAUAUUUAAGUAUUGUCUUGGCUAUCUGGAACCUUAAUUAAUGGCAGGCAGGUGUGCAUGAGUGAGUCACGGAGACGCCGACUGUCACUCACCAGUCAAGUCAGCACAAAGACACUGCUUGGAAAGAGAAAUACAAAACACUAAAAGAGGGAGAAGUCAGAACAAUUCAUGUGCCAGACUGCCAGUAUGAGUUAGGGGCUAAAGAGGCGACGACGAGCGGAGCGGUGUUUGUCGACGCAGAGCGGCCAAUAUACCUCUUCCAUCACCAGAAGUAAGUACACACGCUAGCGGCGACCCAUUACUUACUAAACAACAAUAAAAACAAACAUUAAUACUACCGAGUGCGGGAAAAUAAACUCAUUGAAGGACAUAAAGGAAGACGGUGAAAUAACUCCUAACAGAAUCGAAGAACACUACAGUGGCAUGAGAGAGAGAGAGCAGGAAUCGGUAGGGAGAGAAGACAGGAGUAAUUAAAGACCAAUUUGAAGCUGAUAGGCAACAAAAGACAGUAACACCACCACACUGGGCCUUAUGACAACGUGGUUAGUAGUGAUAAAUAAGAAAAUGAAACAUUGAAGAAUAUGAAGGAUGACAGGCGUCACCAAGGAAGCCAUGCAAAGCGUUAUAGAAAAAAAAAAAAAAAAAAGAAGAGAGAGCUCUCCAUCAGCCUCCAGGAAGCAGAUGUGUGGUGCAGUGGCCAGCGUGACAGGUGUGGAUUGCUGCAGCCAUGGAUAGAACACUCAAACAAAAGAAGGAAGUCUCUGAUCAUGUCAGUUCUGAAUGUGAUGAGACAGAGCCAGAUGGGGACAGCAUGUGGAGCACUACUACUUCAGUGGCCAUCAGUGAGGCUGAAUCUGAUAACUCUACCCUAGACUCAGCCCUGCGUGACUUGCCUACAGUGCGUGCCAGCAAAGAAGAUGAUGAUGAUGAUGAUGAAAUCCAGAGACUCAUCUUGGCUGCUGAAGCGCUGGUGGUGGAGCGAGCCAGGCUCAAGAUGUCCAGUCCUUCCUCGUCCACAACCCUGAAGGGCGGUCUUGCAGCUGGUGGGGCCGAGACUGCCUCCAACACAAUGGUGGCACACCUAACAGAAGCAUUUUCAGGCAAUAAAUGUGGUGCUGCAAAUUCAGGAUAUUUCACUGACACAGAGAAUGCAUUAUAUACAUCCCCAACACUCUCAGGGGAAAGGUCAGUGAACAUGGACAUCUGUGGUGAAAGAGAUCACCAUUCUGUUCAAUCAAGAGAGAGUGUGUGCAGCACCCCCUGUGACUCAGUGAUUCUUUCCAAAGUGUCUAACUCUUCCCUCAAAGUGUGUAAUCACUUGGGCCCUGAAAACAACAACAUGGCAGCAGAGAACCAGACCAACAUUCCCAGAUUGUCCUUGGAGGUUGCCAGAGCAGUGGUGCCUGAGGAGAGGCUUCCCUUCAACAAGGUGGAGAAGGAGGCCUGCAACUCCAGCAUCAGAGGCUCUUCUGGGGGCAGUAGGGAAGCUCAGAAGGAACAUCAUGCUAGAGACUCAGAGAGGAGCCAUUUUCCUGAACCACCAUCUCCAGCAAGCAGAGAAGGUGGACAGGCAGCAUCUGUAAUGGUGCAUGAGGAGGGCAGCUGUCUCCUGAAUUUGGCCCUCAGUGCCACCAGCAGCCUCAAGAGACUCACCAGGCUGGUGCGGCAAGUGGGCACACUGCACCUGGGACCAGACACUCCCAGGGUGGUGGCCAGUCUGCUGGAGGAGUUGGGGCAGCAUGAGGCACAUCAGCAAGGAUUAGAGGCUAAACUUACCAUUGCUGCAACCAAACUGCAGAGUGCAGUGGCCGAGGUACGGGGCCUAGAGGGCCAGUGGCAGGAACACCGGCAUCAGACAGAUGCAUCCCACCACAGUGCCUUGGGUCUCCUGGAGCAGGUGGAGGCAGGAUUAGAGUCCUGUGGCCUCAGCCAUAUGUUAGCCAUCACCUCUCCAAGAAGUUGUGUGGUGUUGAGGCGGUGCUCACCACGAGUUCUAGAGGACGUGGGGUCAGCAGUGGCACUACUGACGGGGGAGCUCAACAGGAGGAUGCAGCGCCUCAAAGGAGCAGAAGAGGUAGCCCACCAGUUGAGGAAGGAGCUGCAGAGUGUGCGGGAAGUUGUGGCACAGCAGGACUCCAGGACAAGGCUGAGUGAAGCUGAGGCAAGACAGGUCAAGCAGCAGAGUCAAGAAGACCUCCUCUCCCUUAGGCAGUGUCUAGCACAGGCAGAAAGCACUCUUACAGAAUCACAGUUGGAGAAUGCAAGGUUAAGUGAAGAGGUGAAGAAACAGACAAGUGAAAGUAGUGCUGCCCUUGCUGCUGUCCAGAAGAAACUCUAUGAAACACAACACAUGACAGAGACAAGGGUGAGUGACUUGGAGCGAGAGUUGCAUGUGAUUGGCAAGGAGAAGCAGCAUUUAGAAGCCAGUGUGAGGGAACUGAAGGAGCAGCUCACCCUGAGGACACAGCAGGUGCAUCUAGUGGAGGAUGAGAACAGUCAAUUGAUUGAUAGCCUGAGGUCAGCAUUAAGGCAGCAGCAAGCAGAGAUGGAGCAGCUGCGUCACAACCUGGAGUCCAUCAGUACAGAAAAGAACCACUUGUCUAAACUCCAUGAUGAGCUGAAGCAGGAGGCAGCAGUCAGAGAGGAAGAAUUGGAGGAGGCAAGAGGAAAGUAUGAACAAUUGAAGAGGAAAGUUGUAGAUCUAGAGGAGGAACAAAGAACAACUCAAAAACAUUUGCAACAUACAGUUGACGGCCUCUCCUCUGAACGGAGUGACCUGGAAGCAAAGUUGCGGGCACAGGACUUUGCUAUCCUGCAGCUGCGCACUGAGCUGGAGAUGGAGAAGGUGCAGACAAGAGCACUCACAGAGGAGGCAGCUGCCCAAGGGAAGAAGGCCAGGGAUCUUCAAGAGUGCCUCUGGACACAGGCCAAGAAGUGGCGCAGCAGCAGUGGCACCAGUACAGAGACCACAGAUCACCACCACAAGCAGCCAGGGAUGAGUGUUAGCCCAUCACAAGGCAGCUCUACCAGCCUCACACACUCCCCUGAGAGCCCAGCCAGCAGCUCCUUCCACAAGGUUGAGAGAGGAGAUGAAGGCAGUUUGUCCAGGGAGGAGCAGCUUCAAUCACUCCUACAAGAGAAAGAUGUAGAGCUACAAGAUCUUCACCAAAGACUUUCUACACAGAUCAGCAAGAAAAAUCAAGAGCUUGAGUUGCUGACCAAUAAGUUGGGUGGGUUGGAGGAGCAGCUGUAUACACUAGUGAAGGGCCUUGAGGCAAGUGCAACCCUGGGAGACAUCACCACUGAAGUUGGGCUGCUACUACAGGAACGCACACAACACCUUGACUCACUGCAUCAGUCCUCACGCUGGCUUCAGGAAGAACUGUCCUCCUUGGCACUGGAGAACCAGACACUAAACAGUAAACUGGUGGUAGCAAGGAAAUUGGAGGAUUCUUUUGAGGAUGCCCAGGAGAAUGUGAGACGAGCCAGGCAGGAGGCCAGGGAGGAACGAGUGGCCUCUGCUCGCCUUCGAGAGGAUUGUGCCCGAUUACAGGCACAACUGGACCAGAUGCAUCACACACUGCACCAGGAGAGGCAGGAGAGGAAGAUCAGUGCAGUGGUGAAUGGUGUCAAGCAUAAUGAGUUUAGCAGCCUGCUGGAGAAUGCUACUGCUGCUCUCAACCAGUACCAGACAUAGGGCAACACCAAGAGUGCUGCACACACCACAGUACAAAACAGUGCUACAAAGCAGAGCCAAGACAACACAAAGAGAGAGAGGAAGAGAGGAAAAGUGGAUUAGUGCACAUAGCUUUGGAUAAAGUCAUGGAAAUUGAAGCAAGAAUUUAAUGAAACCAACAAGUAUUUGGCUGAUGAAAAUAAAAAGCAAGAGGGAAUCAAUAAAUAAAACUAGAUAUGAUAAAUACAACACAAUUCUACUUAUAAGAUGAUAAUAUGGAAAAAAGUAGUAAAUAAAUAAAUAGCUAAGAUAGAAGAAAAGGGAAAAGAUGGAUCAUGGUAUCAGCUCACCUUUGUACAGGCAAAAUGCAAUACAAUGAAAUUUUACCUUCACAUA